UCCAGAGACACAGCCAUGAUGUGUGCUCCCGGGUGGCUUCUGAGGUCGCUGCUGCUGCUGCUCCUGCUAUGUUCUGGUACCAGGAGUUUCCUCCACAGACGGUCGCGGUCAGUCCCACCUUCCUCACAGAAACAUCUCACCGAGGACUGGUUCCAGCAAAAGCUUGACCACUUCAGCGAUGAUCAGACUUUAUGGUCACAGAGGUAUUUGAAGAACGAUGAAUUCUUUACACCUGGAGGCCCAGUGUUUCUAAUGGUUGAAGGAGAAGUAGCUGCCAAUCCAGACUUGCUAAAACCCAAUAUUACCUGGGUUAAUUUUGCUCGGAGACUGGGGGGCCUUUGCUUGCUUCUGGAGCACAGAUUUUAUGGAUUCAGCCGACCAACAGAGAAUCUGAACACCACCAACCUCCGGUACCUCAGCAGCAGGCAGGCCCUGGAAGAUGUUGCCAACUUCCGAAGGGGGAUCGUGGAGAAACUGGGCCUCUUCAACAAUAAGUGGAUCCUGGUUGGUGGUUCUUAUGGAGGAUCCCUGGCAGCUUGGCUAAGGACAAAAUACCCUGACCUAUUUGUAGCAGCUCUGGCCAGCAGUGCGCCACUCAAAGCAAAAGCUGACUUUUACGAGUUCCUUGAAGUAGUUCAAACUUCUCUGGCUGCUUAUAACAGUGACUGCCCAAAAGCAGUGAAAAAUGCUUCAGCUACCCUGGAGGAGAUCCUGAGCUAUCCAGACCUCCACAUAAAGGUUGCAAUCGACUUCAACUUAUGCAAACUUCCUCAAGUUGACUCAGAAGCAGAGAAAGCCUUUUUCCUAGAAAGUUUGGCCCUUCCUUUCAUGGAAGCUGUUCAGUUUAAUAAUCGCUUUAUACUUUCACAGGGAAACCUGGCUAAGCGGUUGAGUGUCAGUGAUGUUUGCAACAUAAUGACCAACGAAUCUCUGGGCUGGCCAUAUGAAAGAUAUGCAGCAGUUUCAAAUAUGGUUCUCAAAAGAGAUGGCUCUCCCUGCCUUUCAACAAGUUAUAAAUCAUAUGUAAGAUCGUUGUCUAUGACCUCUUGGAGAAAUAUCCAAUUGGGUUCAGCGAGGCAAUGGACCUACCAGUCUUGCAAUGAAUUUGGAUUAUUUCAGACCACGACCUCAAACAAUCAGCCAUUCUCUGGAAUCCCUCUGAGUGGUCUUCUUGAACAAUGUUCAGAUAUCUUUGGUCCUGAGUUCAAUAGUGCUUCAUUGGCUGCAGCUGUUGAGGCCACAAAUGAGGCUUAUGGUGGCUUGAAUGUGACAGGAAGCAAAAUCAUCUUUACCAAUGGUUCCCUUGACCCUUGGCACAUUCUGGGAAUCACAGAGACUAUCAAAGAAGAUUUGCCUGCUAUUUUUAUAGAAGGUGAAUCACACUGUGCAGAUAUAUACUUGGAAACACCCCAGGAUUCAUUGCAAGUAAUUCAAGCACGAGAAAAAAUGUUCAAGAUCCUUGAAACAUGGCUAAUUGAAGCGACUGCUCAGAGAAACUAAGGUUAACAGAACUCAAAAUUUGACCUUCCAUUAUAUUGUUCAAAGGUAAAAUCCACUGCAAGUGUGAAAUUAGGAGAUACCCCAAAGUCCAAUUCCUCUAUGUGGGUUUAAGUUUGUUUUGUUUUAAAGAAGGUCACUGUAUUCCUCCUUGUUUUCUGCUGGCCUUAAGAAGCAGCUGACCAUCAGAGCACACAAGAAAUUAAUUACCCUGGAGGGCCAGGUGCAAUCAGUUAGCUGGUUGCCAUGGGAACAGAGGCUCUACGUUUUAGGUUUUCCAGACCAGUCUCUUAGUUGAUGAAAUCUUAUUCUUUUCAUUAGGGCCAUUCAUAAAAACAUAAAUGUCACUGGAUUAUGUAUGCAUGGAUAUACAAAUAGGAAAAAAAAUACUCUGCCAAAUCCUGAGCACUCUUAAGAAAUUUAAGGAUAGAUAAUGACUAGCUAAAAGAAAAUCUGCAGAUUUAAAAAAUCCUGUUGGAAAAACUCAAGCAUCAACUUCUCUGGAGCUUUUGGUCACUUGAAGAACAGUGCUGCUCGAUAUUGAUAUGGUGUAACUAUGUAGUAAAUUCAGGUUUAGCUGACAAGGAAUUCUUGUACCCCUGUAAUGUAACCCAUCUCUUUAACUGUUGGCUUGAUACACCCACUUUCCCAGGAUACACUUGUCACAUCCAGGACCAAGGUGCAUGCUCCCACCCCACCUGUUUGUAUACCCAGAUUGGGUAGCUAUCUUUCCGCUGCGAAUGCUGUGGUCAGAGGGCUCAGCUCCUGUUUUUUGCUCAGAAGUACCAUUCUCUCUCUCAUUCAUGUGCAACUCUGGCAUACUCAUGCUGAGUAUUUCUUUGUGUGGGGUGGUCCACACUUGCGUGUGAACGUAUGCUUAUUCUCCCAAUGUUAAAUAAACUCUGUUCUUAUUUGCACAA